AUGUCAUCCAAGGCAGAUUACCUAAAAAAAUAUCUGACACCUGCCGCUGGAGACCAAGAAAAGAAGAACAAAAAGAAGAAAAGCAAGGAUAAGCCGCAAGGCCUCCGACUAAUUGAAGAAGACGCUUUUCUUUCGGUCGAAGCGGCAAAAGCGAAAGAUAUUGGAUCUGACGAAGAGCAAGAAGAAAUUGAAGUCUUGAAAGAAAGUGCCAAAAAAGCAAAAGUCGUACAUGGUUUUAAGAAAUCCUUUGCUGAAGUUGAACCCUUGAAAGAAGUCAAAGAGGAGCCAUUAUCUCCAGGAGCAUCGCCAGCAAGAAAGCCACGUCAACGACACGACAGUGAUGAAUCUCCACGAAGACCCAGAAGACGUCACGAUAGUGAUAACUCGCCUGUGAGGCAAAGAACAAGACAUGAUAGUGACAAUUCACCACCAAGACCUUCUAGAAGGCGUCACAAUAGUGAUGAAGACAAUUCUCCUCCACGUCGGCCUCGUCAGCGUCAUGAUAGUGACGAUUCUCCACCCAGAGCCAACAGAAAACGAAGAGAUAGUGACAAUUCUCCACCUCGGCGUCGUCAACGCCAAGAUAGUGACAACUCACCGCCACGUGGUCGCUCCCGCCGUGAUUCUGGCAACUCUCCACCCAGAAGACGUGAUAGGGAUUCAUCUCCGCCACGUCGUCGACGCGGUGAUGAUGACUUGAGUCCUCCCAGAAAGUCGAGAAAGAUCGGAGAACCGAAAAUGAUUAAAAAAGAAGAACCAGAUGAGGAGAAUUACGGGAAAACGUUAGAAGGAAAGAGAUCCGGAUUGCAAUCAUCGAGAGAUUUGAAAGAGGAGAGUGAUAAGUUGAGAGCGAAGAACUCCAAAAUGUUUGAAGAGAUGGAUAGUUCGGUGAGCGGUCGAUUCGCGGAUACUGUAUAUCGUCAGAAACAAACGAAGAGAAAAGGAAAGAACGAGGAAGAAGAUCAGGAGAAAAAGGAGAGAGAAGCGAAGAAAACAGAAGAAUUAAAGGAGAAAUACAAGUCGUGGAAUAAGGGAGUUGCUCAGAUUGAGGACCGAAGAGCGCAGUUGGAAGAAAUGGCACGAGUUGCUGCGGAACCAAUGGCUCGUGCGAGAGAUGACGACGCGAUGAAUGCACAUUUGAAGGAAGUACUCCAUGCUGCGGAUCCAAUGGCUGCUAUGAUUAAAAAGAAACGACGAGAUACGGCGAUUGAUCGAGGAGAAGUCGUCUAUCCGUCGUAUCACGGACAUUUUGUGCCCAAUCGGUUUAAUAUUCCUCCUGGAUAUCGAUGGGACGGUGUGGAUAGAUCGAACGGAUUCGAAGGUCGUUUGGCAAAAGUGGCCAACAACAAAGCUGCUAAUCAAUCCGAAUACUACAAAUCGAUUGCGGAAUACGAGUGA